GUUCUCCUUAUUUGUGUACUCUCCAGAGCCUCUGUAGAGAUUGACUCUUCUGAAAUAAAGCAUACCAAAGUUGUAGCUUUGCCUUGGGUGUUCUUAAAGCCUCAUUUCCAUUUCAAUGAGGCUUGAGAGUAUGAAAAAGAUCAGAGUGGCAUUUAAAUGAUCCUUUAUGUUUGAAUUAAAAUGCAGUCCUAUUUCCAUCUCAUGGCGACUUGUCAAAGUGGAUUUAUUUAUUGUAGUGCUACAGCAUUUGUUUAUGAUUUCCUCAGUGGUCAUGGCUUCAGGGAAUGCAAGCGCAGGCUGGAGUGGUCCUGAGAUUUUGGCCUAUCAGCAAACUGAAACCAGUGAGUCCAACUCUCCUUCUCAGCAGAAUAAUGUGCAGGAUGGUGAACAUCAUGGAUACAGCGCUUUGAGUUUGUCCAUCGACUCUGGAACAUCCUCGGCUGAACUUUCCCAGCUGCACUCUGACACUGAAAACUUCAGACUCAGCGACAGGUAUUUAUGUGACCACCUUGACAUGAAUGGCUUUUCAGAAGAAGAGCUGCUGAACAUUACGUUUGAGGCAUGUGAUGCUGCAGGACAAGGAGAAGUUCUGGCCUCCACUGUGGUGCAGUUUCUACAGGCCAUGACGGGCCACAGCGGUGGACAGGACAAGCUGACUGUCCUGAAGCACAUGUUGGACCCAGAGGACCAAGAUCCGCCCAUCGACAGAGAAGCGUUUCACACCACCAUGAGGAAGUGGAUCGCUCGGUGCAGCCAGGAUGGAUUAUUUGAUGACAGCUACCAGGUGUCAGGAUCAGACUCUUGCAAAGCAACUGGGAACAGAGCUGAAUUUUCUCCUUCACUGGCUGAAACUACAUUCACAGACCAAAGCGAAUAUCAUUGUGACGCGAGUGAUCUGUUGGGCCUGGUGGCGGAGCUGAAACACGCUCAGCGCAGACUGAGAGGACAGAACAGCAGCCUGCUGAGGAGCAUAUCUCAGUGCGAAGAAACCAACCUUCAGCUCAUGAUGGACGUUUCAGAGCUUCGCAGCAAACUAGCGAGCACCCAGCUGUGUGCAGGAAGAGCUCAGUCUCUGGCUGAGGAACUGGAUGAAGCCCGACGAGCACUGAGAGAAAGCCAAGAGAAAACCAGCCGAGCUCAGGCUAACGGCCAUUCACUGAUGAAGGAGAUUGAACAUCUGAAGGCUCAUAUCAAACUCAUCGAAGACAUGAAUGAAAAGCUGCUGCUGGAGAGAAAUGGUGCAGAAGAUCGGCUAAACAAGCUCAGAAGAGCAAACACGGAUGUCAGGGAGGAACUGGAGGAACUGCGGGUGUUACUAGCAGUGAAAGAAAGGGAAAUCACUAAGAAAAACAUCACACUGCAGAAGCUGAAGGAGACUUUUCUGGACUACAACAGAAUCAUUGAUGGUCUGCAGAGUGAUCUGGUGAGAUUACAGGAGCACUCACAGCGAGCACUUUUGAGGUUUGAUAAAUGUUCAGCAAGUCUGAAAAGUGCUGCUGCCCCAAACCAUUUCUCCCUACACCGCGAGAUCCAGGAGGCUGAGCCGAGGACAUGUGUCAAGGAAAACAGUGGCUCAGUGUCUGAGCUUCAGCCGCCUUCAUCUCCAAAUCUAUACAAUUUCAUCCACAAGAUCAAGUCUGCAGAGUUGCGGGACACGUAUACAGCUGAAUCAUUACAGAAAGCGUUCCUACAGGACCAGCAAGAGCAGACAAGCUCCAAAAAACAGCUACUGACAAUUCUGAGAGAGCUGGAGCAGCCACGGCCUCUGUGGGACCAGCAUCCAGAGCGCAGGCAGUUGGAAACACACUGGCAGACACAAGAAGUGCACAAAGCUCCACCCAUCACCUGGUGGAAAGCUCUAAGGGUGGAGGAUGAGAGAAACUGGAACACCCGAGACCUCCAGAACCCCACCAGGGACACGCAGGAGAGGAUCAGCGCGCUGGAGAUCCAGCUGAAGGACGCACAGAUGGAGGUCCAAAAGAGCAGAAAGGAGUUGGGAGAAGCCCGUGUCCGGGUGGAGAGGGUAGACGUGGCCGUGCAGACGGAGCAGGUUGAAGAUGAACAGAAACGUGUCACUGCAGAGAAAGUUCUGGAGUCUCUCAGAAAAGUGGAGGAGGUGGUGACGAGAGCGCUGCAGACUGCUGAGAUGCUGACUGAACGCGAGAAGAGGAUGAAGGAAAGGAUGGAGGCCAUCAGCCACAAGGUGGAGGAAGCUCUGAGCAGAACAGCAGAUACGGAGAACCAGCUGAGGGGACUGGAGGCUCGGGUUUCCUCCUGCUCAAAGUCUUCAGAUAUUUCGGCAUAUUCGGAGACGAGGUCAGUGGACGCCGGACAUCAUCCAGCGGUCUGCAGUAACAUCUUCAUCUCAGACCCUAUGAACCCGAACACGACAAACGAAAAAGAACUGCCUUGUUUAAGAGAGUCUGAUGCAAAGGAAACAGUCCUGGUUUUCGAGCCUGAUGUCUACACAGACAGCAGGAGUGAAGUCUGUGGCUGCUUUCCGCACGCAAGAGCCGAGCAUAACGGCCGAGAGGGCAUAUCCCAGGACACAGAGGAUACAACUCGAACUCUGAAUGACUCGUCUGAAGCAGUGGUGAAGUGUGAAAGCUCUCUUCUCUCAGAAUCUUCUUCUUCUUCAGAUCAUCUUCCUGUGGGACUGGUUAACGAACAAAACCCACCAGUGCAGAACUGCAGUGAGAGAGGAUCUGCUGCUGCUCACGGUCCUGUACCGGAAACUUCCCCGAGCGCUGCCUGCGAGGAGGGAACGCGCCAUGACACACAGGAGAAUGGAGCCGGGUCAGAGGAAUCAGAUGGCACUGACUACUCUCUAAUAAAGUCUGAAGAAAGGAAGAACAGUGGAGUUUUACUAGAAGAAGCUGAUCGUGCUCAAACCUUCAAGCUAGAGGAGAACAAAUAUCCCAACUAUAAGCAGGACAGAACAGGAAGGAGCCAAGAUUCAGCAAGUUCUGGAAGUUCAGAAUCAGGACUGAGUACCACGUGUGAAGUCUUUGAGUGUGUGGAGAAAGUGUGCUCUCCAGAACCGGAGCACUGUAACCAAACUUUCCAAACCCCCAACUUGCAUUUAUGUGAAAGUGCAUUGAAGAGCAGCAGACAUUGGCAAGAAGAAUCAGGAACCAGUGACAGAAGCCAAGAGGAGACAAACCAGGACAUAAAAUAUUCAACAACAAAGUGGACGUGCUGCACACCAGAAUCAGAGAACAGACAAAGUUCUGAUGCAUAUGAAGCUGGAAGUGUUCACAUCUGUCAGAUACAGACUGCAGAACCAGCUGGAACACUAAAGAAAGAAAUCUCUGCUGAAUGUGGAGCAGCAGGAUCUCCAGCUAAACCAGCUUCACCGAGAUCUUUUCAUCUCGCAGUACCAGAGUGUCCCACACCUUUCUUUUUCCCUCACACUCGCUCUCGACCUCCAGCCGCCCCCGCCAUGCCCACCCUGCCUGAAGAGGAAGAAGAUUCUCCUGAGGAGAUCGACAGCUCCUCCAGCUCCCCGUCCUCUGUUAUGCCAGCUGAAUCCAAGCUAGUGAAUGUAACCCUAUCACCUCCUGCUAUCGUCCUGCCGAGACAAGUCAACAAGCAGGAACCAAGGCCUCUGGAGAAAGCUAGACCGCACAGCCCGAGACCCCGGCUCUCGAGGAAUGCCAGCUCCUCUGGGCCAAUCACUACAGUAGAUAAUGAUGGUCAUGUGAUAGACCUGGUGAAAGAUGAACUUCCAGAGAUGCAGCUGUCUGAGGAGGAUCGGCAGAAAAACCUGGAGCUGCUGGAGGAGGCAAAGAAAGUGAGCGAUCGCUUCCUGACCCGUAGGGGACGUCGGUCUAGGUGUAGCCUCACAGAGUCUCCUACAGCUCUCUCCCCCAACCCAACUCCAGGCUCCUCUCCUGUACCCUCCAGAAGCAGCUCUAUUUCUGCACCACCACAAAUGGAAGUCCAAGCAAAUCCUCCUUCAAGCCCAUCCAUAAGUCAGAGGUUGGAAGUGCCUGCAGUGCGUGACCAUGGCGAAGCAAAUAAACCUGAGCAGGAGACUCUGAAGAAACUUGUAGAAUGGAAACCGCCUGAGAAGCGCAAGGUUUCCUCUGGCACACUCACCCCUCGCAACACUGCCUCUGCUCCAGCCAAGGAACUCACCACAUCGCCAAACGAUGGCGCAGAGCCAUGUGUCUCCACGGACAGGGGAAAAAAGCCAACUCCAGUUCCAACGGUCCAGAAACCAGAUAGCCAGACUCCAGCAACUGGAGUGGCCAAGCCAGUACCGCGGCCAGCCAUGCAGCAAGCUCCGUGCACAGCUGAGAUCAAGACCAUCGGGGCCUUCCCGCCUCUCAUGAGGGCCGUCUCCUGGGAUACGGUGGGCUCUCUAAACAUGAGGAAUGGGGGACCCAAAGGAGAAGACAGCCUCUCGUACUCCGACAACUUGAAACCUCCUGUGAAUGCCCAGAAAUUGUCUAAACUACGGGAGGAACAUAAACUGUUGAGGAACCAGAGCAUCUCGAGUUCAAAGCUGCCGGACCUGAGCGAGAUGGCCGAACAGGACCGAGAUCCCUCGUCUUCUACAAAUGAGUCCACAGCAGAUGAGGAGUCGAAAGAGAAAGCAGAUGCCAUGCCCAACAUAUCAGACAUCAUGCUGCGCAAGCUCAAACUACACAGAGGCUUACCAGGCUGUGCCCCUCCACUCACAGAGAAAGAAGUUGAGAAUGCCUUUGUGCAGCUGUCUCUAGCAUUCCGCAAUGACAACUACACGCUGGACACGAGACUGAAGCAGGCCGAGAGGGAGCGUAACCUUACAGAGGAUAACACUGAGAAGGAACUGGAAGAGUUUAAAAACUCAUUGAAGAGCACAGUAUCUCUGUGGCAGAACGCAGAGCAGAGGGAGUUCUACCAGCGCCUCGUCGAGACCGUAGCUGUGCUGCACCGCCUCGCCAACCGUCUGUCCAGCCGGGCAGAGAUGGUGGGCGCUGUGCGACAGGAGAAACGGAUGAACAAGGCCACUGAGGUGAUGUUGCAGUAUGUUGAGAACCUAAAGAGAACCUAUGAGAAGGACCAUGCAGAGCUGAUGGAGUUUAAGAAACUAGCCAACCAGAACUCCAAUCGUUGUUAUGGAGGCUCAGUGGAAACUGGAGAUGAUGGAGUUCCACGUGCAGCGAGAUCCAUGUCUUUGACAAUGGGAAAGGCUUUACCCAGAAGGAGAGUCAGCGUAGCUGUGGUCCCCAAAUUUAAUCUCCUGAACAUUCCCGGUCAGGCUCCAACCACAGGGGGCCCUGCUCCCGGUCCUGGAACUAGCCUUGGCACUGCUGUUAGCCCCAGCUCUGGCCCUGGUCCUGGUGCACUUCCUGUACUGUGCGAGGCCAACAGUAUGAAGAGCGACUCCACUUCAGAUCCAGCACAGCAAGCAGCAGGGGAAAAUGGAAAAGUUCUGCUGGAACAGGAAGGUGAGGCAGCUACCCUGGCCAAAGCUUCCUGUAGUCCAGAAGAGAUCAGAGCUGAGAUCAAGGCCAAGAUCGAGGAAGAAGCCUACAAUAAAGGGUAUCAGGAAGGACUGAAAAGACUUAAAGAGCUCCAGGAAGUGAAGGAGGAGGAAGAGAAAGCAGAAGAAAAAGAGACGGAGCCUGAAGAGAGAACUGGAGAAGAGGUGGAAGAAGAAAAAAAGCCAAGCAGGUUUGAGCGAGUUCUGGAAGUCCUUGAACGAAUAUGUCCAAAGAUCUUCAGGAGGAACCAGACGCUAUGGAUUGUUCUUACCUUGUUCUUAGUAGUGUUCCUUUUAGUCAACAUCAUAAACUUCUUCAGCAACCUCUACGCUGAUCACACAGACGAAACGGCAGAAAAGUCCAACGUUCCGGGCAAGAAGUUUUUAGGAUUGCAUAUGGGAUCGAAGAGUCCGAGUCCAGAGUAACAUCAAACCUGCAUAUUCAGAGACAGCCUGAGGAGUUGAUGAACUUGAACUUUGGAACCUUAAUCAUGUCAUAAGGAGCCAAAUAACUUAAUUUAAAGCUGUUUUUUUUUUUUUGGAAAUGGGCAAAAUGGCAUCAAAUGCUGUUGAAUCAGGAGCCCUUGUAAGAUUAUAUAUAUAUAUAGUUUGAUAUGUAAUGAUACGAGGCAAACGUCACAUUUAAUGAGAUUGAGAUGACAUUACCACUCAAACCUUACUAUUUGAAUGAAGCGUUGUUGAGAAAUUAAGUACACUAUUUAAGAGCUUUAAUCUUUGAGUUUUGAAAUUCAUCGCUGAUGUCUUCAUUCUGUUUGAUCUGACAUUCUGAGGUAGCUUUUGCGUGCAAUAUUUGUGCCACACAAUAGAUUUAGAUUUUUUUUUUUCAGAAAUCACAAAAUCCUGUUUCAAAUGUGAGGUGUUGGAUUGUAUUCUUACAGCACAUUAGUGUGAAGAAUUUUCCAAAAAAAAAAAAAAAAUGUCAGAACAUGUACUUUUUUCCUAGCACCAGAGGUUUGUCAUAAUUUUAGAUCAUUAAUUUUCACGUGUGUUAAUGGUUUGUGCCACUCCACUCCUUUUAAUAAAGGGGCCUUAAAAAAAAGGUCCAGCAGUUUCACACAGGUAAAUGAAAUGCAGUAUAUGCCACAAUCUUUUAUUUAAAUUCAAAUGAGUUACAGCUCAAUUAACCCUCGAACUGUUAAAGUAAAGUGUAUGAUGUCAUGUUAUAUCAUGAUGAGGAAAUCUCAAAUGGUUAUAAUGUCAGCACUGCUACAAUGCUGUUCUAGGAAAAUAAUCAAUGAUGGGAUGGAGUGAUAAAGCAGAUUUACUGUUUCCAUCUCAAAGUUGAUUAUUUUCCAAUAACAGCCCAUCCAGAAGUGCUUUAUUCCUCUUGUACCACAGCACUUUGCCAAUCACAAUGUUUUAUUUAUUAACAAAUGAGUCUUCAUACCUUUUUAUCCAUUUAUAGCUACAUUUUAAUGUUGUGGAACAAGUGAAACAAUUAUCACUUGCGUUAUAGCAGAUAUAAACAGUCGUUCCCUCACCAGCCUCUUCUCUCUCUCUCUCUCAAAACCAAGAAAAAAAAAUGCAGCUUGUCAAGUUCUCAAGAAAGCACAAACCACAACGUCCUCUCUCCUGUAGGCUUUUCCAGCAUUGGAAAAAUUAAGUUGCAGCUUUACCUCAUACUUUUUAUCCGUUUAUAGUUGCAUUUAAUGCUGUAGAAACAUUUGUUCCGUAACCAGCCUUUCUUUUUUCUCUCUCUUGAAUUUAACAAGGCAAAAAAAAACCAAAAUUGAUUAUUUUUCCUAUAACAGCACAUCCUGAAGUGUUUCAUUCCUCUUAUACCACACCAAUUUGCCAACAAUUAAAAUUUUUAAUUUAUUAAUAAACAGUACGUCAUGCUUUUUAACACUGA